AUGAUGCGGUCCCCGACGAGGCCAAAGGCGAUACCUGUGCCUUCAAAGCUGACUCUGAAGACACUUGGUCCACUGACUUUCGGUGCCGGCACGUUUUCUGGAAGAUAUGAUAAUCGAGACUGCGACCCGGUACAGCUUGUCAAAGCAGCAUACGAAUUAGGCAUAAGACAGUUCGAUACAUCACCGUACUAUGGUGAGUCCGAGACACUACUUGGCAAUGGUCUGCAAGCAUUAUUCGAGACUGGUGUUGAACGAGAUGAUGUCUUUGUCAUGACCAAAUGUGGACGCUAUGACGUGUGGGACUUUGACUACUCUCCAGACAAUAUUGUGAGAUCUGUCAAAAUGUCUUGCAAGAAGCUACAUGUCGCGUACUUGGAUGUCGUGUAUUUGCACGACGUGGAAUUUGUUACAGAGUCCCAGGUCGACGAAGCUGCUAAGACUCUUUUUGAGCUAAAGAGCACUGGACUUGUUCGUCAUGUCGGGAUCUCCGGGUACCCACUAGAUGUGCUCGUCAAGUAUGCCAAUGCCGUGAAGACAACAGCCGGGCAGUCUUUGGAUCUCAUUCUAUCCUAUUCGCAAUACAACAUUCAAAACACGACGCUGACUAAAGUCAUUCCUCGUCUGUUGCAAGAAGCCGGUGUAGAGCAUGUGUUAAGUGCGUCGCCGUUGUCAAUGGGCCUCUUACGGACUACCGGUCCACCAGAGUGGCAUCCUGCCUCUGCCUUCCUGAAAGGUAAAGUUCAAGAAUCGAUUGAAUACUUGCAAAGCCUACCACCGACGGAGCAGGUGGGCAAAGAAGUGGCAUGGACUUUGCCAAACGUUGCACUUGGCUUUGCUUUACGCCACGCACCAGAAGAUGGCAUACGGUCUACCGUCAUUGGCUUUACGGCCGUGUCAGAAAUCCGCGAGAGUGUAGAGUCGUAUUGGCAGUCGCUGCAGCCUGCUUCAGAGGCGUCCAUUCAGGCGCGUAGUAAGGUCGAACAGGGUGUACGCCAGGUCUUGGGUAAGGCCCUUGACGAAACUUGGCAAAGUCCACCAGAAAUGGCCCGUAUAGCAGAUCCUGUGCCGUCUGCAGACAGCGGCAACUGA